AUGGAACAACUGCAGGUGAACAGGAACAUAUCCAUAUCAUAUGGAAAUAUUGUUCAGGUAUGCAAUCCUUUUUCUGCAGCACCGGAGUACGAGUACCAGCCAGAGAACUGUCCUCCUAAUGCAAUUCAGAUCGGAGACAUCCCUCGGUUAUUGAAGAUGCUUACAUGUCCAGAUUCCAACAAUGGAACCUGUAACGGAGGAAUAUCAAUCUCCUCCGCAGAUAUUAGAACAGUGGAAGCUUACUCAACUACAAUACAGCAACUACUAGAUGUGUAUCCUGCUAUGGAAAGUCUAGUUGAAUGUCAGAUGGUGAAGGACGCUUUUUCGGAAAUCCUUCACAAACACUGCAAACCUUUGAAGAAAUAUGUACGGAUGGUAUGGGCAGCAGUGGUGCUCCUCUCCGUGGCAAUGGGGGCUCUAGUUAUCAUAUGGACAGCCGAUGCACACCACGAACUAAGACAUCAUUUUUCAGAUGGUUCUGUGAAACCCCAUUUUACAACGGCAAAUAUACUGGAACUGGGAACAACCAAGGCAACAACUCAUCCUAAUAGUUUAGUCCUGUAG